UUCCUAUUUAAUUGUUUAAAAUUGUUUUAAAUAACAUUAUAAGAAUUCUAUAUACAAUAUUCAAUAAAUUAAAUAUUUCUCUUUUAUUAAAAUAAUAUUAAUGAUGAUUAAAAUUAUGAAUUUAUAUUAUUAUUAUUAUAAAUGUGAAAGCUAAAAAUUUUCUCAACUAAUCAUGCUAAAAUGCCUAAUUUCAUUCAUUUCGGCCAUUAUUUAUCCACUGCUGAACAUAGUCCUCCCCCAUAGACUGCCAUAAAGAACAGUUCUGAGCCACCUCUAUGUAUUUGAGAUAUACCUCACUCCACCUAGUGGGAAGUCGCCCUACACUGAGUUUGUAGAUACGGGGUCGCCACGUAAGAACCUUUCUUCCCCAUUGGUUGUCGGGAGCUAUGUGACCAGCUCAUUGGCACUUCAGCUUGCUUAACCUUCUGCCUAUGUCAAUGAUUUUGGUUCUUGUGGGGAUAUCUUCAUUUCGGAUUCUGUCAUGUAAAGAAACUCCGCACAUAACCCUCUCCAUACCAGGGGGAAGGGAUUGUUAAUAAUGGAGUCUAAUGAACCCAUUGCUAAUAAUAUACCUUAUCAGGUCGACCUCCACGCGGUUCCCCCUGGAAACCAUCGUGGUUAAUUCUAGUGGAAUUCAUCACGAUGGGCUAACUGACCUGCUUUCAUCCUCAUCUAUCAUCACUCACUGGUGCCCCACCAGCGUAUACCGAUAGCGCAGGUGGGGUUACCGUUCCAUUAUCACCCAUUAAAAAAAAACCCUCUCCAUACCUCACUGAGUAAUUUGAAACUUUUACGUUUAAGCAAUUAUGUAUGGUCAUGUUUCGGUUCCAUAAAUCAUCACUGGCAACAUGAACUGGUUAAAGACCUUCGUCUUUUAACUUUGAGGUGUUCUGGAUAAGAAAAUGUGGGAUGUUUUCUCGAACGCUGUCCAGCCAACUUGAAUUCGAUCGUAGUUGGGCUUACGUAGUUGGUUAAGUUGUCCCAGGUAUACACAUACUCUUGUCAUAUUCAUCUUAAGACAUAUCUGUGGGAAAAGCACUAUUGAGCAUAGUAUUCCAAUCCUCGGAAUUCUGCCAUGAUUGUUAUGUCAUUAACAAAUCAAAGGUGAGUGAUGUAUUCGCCAUUGAUGUUUACACCAUACCUUUUCCAGUCCAAAAGUUUGAAAACAUCUUCCAUUGCAGUAAAGAAUUUCGGGGAUAUGACGUCACCCUGUCUUACACCUUUCUACAAUGGGGCGGGUUUUGUACCUAGUUCUGUACUCGGAUAGAUAUCAUAGCCUUACUGUACACUUCAACACUUCUAUAUACCUAUAAUCAAUCAGGCAUAGCUGGAGAAUCUGUAGUACUGCCCAUGUUUGGACCGAAUUAAAGGCUUUCUCAUAGUCCACAAACGCCAGGCAUAGUGGUAGUAUUUAUUUUUCCGUCUUCUGUAUAAUCUACCGUGACGGAUGUAUGUGGUCUAGGAUGUUAAAGUAAAGGUAAAGAUGUGGAAGUCAUCGAGUGGACGUGAUUCAGAAGGGAUAUCGGUCUAUGGUUCUUCAAUACGGUAUUAUCACCCUUCAUGACGAACAGGAACACCGCACUUCUGCUACACGCCUCGGGCGUAACACCGUUAUUUAAUCUCUGAAGAUCUACAAGUAUCAGGUUUCCACUAGCUUUUAGAAGCUCUGCUGUAAUUCUGUCCUCUCCCGGUGUCUUGCCGUUUUUAAGCUGUUUGAGAGCCAUUUCAAUCUCCUGCAAAUCUCUGAAUAGAUUGUAUUAAAAUUUUAUGCUCAGAUAGGUCAUGUCCUUUAUAGUAUGCAAUAUAGACAUAGAAGAAUAGAUAGGAUAUAGGUUACACAAAACUGAACCAAUAGUUGGCCAAUAUAAUUAUAAUGUAAUUUUAGAUUAAAAUAAAUUCAAACCUUUCUGGAAUUUUGACAAUGACAGUUUUUAAAAGAUACAUGAAUGUUAUAAUUGUUAUAGUUGUAUUAUAAUUGUGAUAACUAAAAGUGAAGAAAAAUAUUUUUAUAUCGAAAAAAAUGUUCAAAUUGGAGAACUAUAAAAGUAAUGUAGAUAUUGAUGACAAAUUUAGUGUGCUAAAUGUUGCUACUGACAAAACUAUGAUAUAUAAUGGUCCUAUUCAUGUUAUUGAAAAAAAGGCCCCUGUUAUUAAGGAUAAUAAACAUCGGCCAUUAGCUUCAGCUGUACUAGGUGUAAAUAAUACAGCUGCACCACUUCCAGACAAUUCAGAAUUCUAUGAUUGCUGGACAGAUAUUGAUACACAAGAAUUAUAUCUAAAUUCAAAACCAACAUGCUACUUAAUUCUUAAUAAACCUGGAGCUGCAGCAUACUCUAUUGGUGAAGCAAUUUCAAAGAAAUAUAAUUGCAUACAUUUGUGUCCAAAAAACGUUAUUAAUGAUGAAAUAGAACAAGCAAGUUCUACAGGAAAAUGUUUAGACUAUAAUUUUAAACUUAAUAAUGUACUGAAAUUUGAUUAUAUAUUAACAAUAAUAAAAAAGAAACUAGAAUCGCCUGCAGUGAAGCAUCGUGGCUACGUUUUAUCGGGACUUCCUUUAGUGACAUCAAAUAGAAAUUUACUGUAUCUUGUAAAUACUUUACACUCAGAAGAAGCAGUAGAAGUAGUGAAGAGUUUAUUGUUUGAUUUAAUUUGCAAUCUAAAGAAAAAAAGUCUAAAAAAUUUAAAAGUAUCGCCACAUACUUCUUUAAGUAGUGAAGUAAUAAUAGAUGAAGAGGAGGAACCUGAAGAGGAACAAGAAAUAGAAGAAAUUCAAGAAGAAGUUGAGGAACAAUCAUCUGUUUUGCCUAAAUUUUUGCUUCAAUCUUGUUUUAACGUUAUUUUACCGAAAAAGACUUCUUGUGUCACUAAGCAAACCGUAUUGCUUCUGCAGUUAAAUGAAUUAUUCAAUUUAUCAAUGACACCAGAUCUUAUAGUUUACUUAACUUGCACUGAUAUAGAUUUGGUAACUAAGAAAUGUCAUAAAUAUUUAAAUUAUGCAAAUGGGUUACAUACUGUUGAUCCAUUUUUUGUAAAACAGGAAUUUAACACCAAAUGGCCAGAAAAAUAUUCUAUUAGUGACUAUUUUACGCCUUACGAUUCUUGUAGCUUUAAUCCUAAAUAUAGUUGCAGGCAACCAAUCAAUUUUAUCGAAAAUUCUAUAGAACAAUUAUGUAAUUAUAAACAGUUUAUUUUACCAUUUAUAGAAAAAAAAUUUCAAGACUACAAUCCUAAACGUGUUAUAAAGUUAGAUGCGCGUACAUCAAUUGAUCAAAUGAUGCAUAUUAUCAAUGAGAUAUUUUUUACAUUGCCUAUAAAACCCAUUAUUAUACCAGAACCACUCUAUCUUGAAGAACCUCCAGAAGAUAUGCAAGAGUUUUGGAAAUUAGUUAAUGAUUUAAAUGUCAUACACAAUGGAAGUAUUAAAUUUAAUCGUUAUGCAUCUCCUUGGUUUAACAGAUGUCCUGUAGAAUUAAAGAAAAGGAAAUCUGUUAUAGGAAACCCUAAAUUUGCUGUUAGUUUUUUUAAACAUAUUUAUCUUUUAUCUUCCUUAGAUUCCAUGAUAAAUUUUUGUAGAAACCCUCGUCCGUAUUUAAAACUUAAUUAUCUAGAACCCACGUGUAGAAUCAUCGUGAUAGGAACUAAAUCAUCAGGAAAAACUAUGGUUUCAAAAUGUCUCUCUUGGAUUUUUGACGCUCCUAUCAUAAAUUACGAUAAUUUUUUACAUCAGGUAAAACGAAAAAAGUAUAACAAUUUUGCAAAAACUAUUUUAUCGGAAAUAAUAGCUACAAUAGAAGAUACCAGACAUGAAACAUGGCAACUUAUGGAAACUGAGAGACUUUCAAAAUUAGAUUUAUGGUAUAAUUUAAAUAGGUCGCUUUUAAAAAAAUAUACAUCAUUGUUAUCCGAUUAUUUAAAUUCCACGCACCAAAAAAAAGAUGAACAAAAUAAAAUGCACGAUAUAAAUUAUUUAAACAAAUUAAAAUCUUUAAAGGAACAGUUAUCUUUCCUUCCAUUUUUAGAUAAUAUUGAAUUAUGUAAUGCAGCUAUUGAAGAUAUGAACUUAAUGCAGUUUGCCCCUCUUGAAUUAAUCACUGCUACAAAAAUACCUAUGUUACCUGUUUUGGGAGACAAUGAUGUAACGGAGGCUAUUUCAGCUUAUAUUGCACUUAAUGAAUUGCAACAGGAAAUUGAACCUACCAUCGAAGAAUUAGUAAACGAAAUAGUUAAUAUACUAUCAAAUAUGGAUAAAGAACACCAAAAAAAUACAAAUUCUGAAGAAUGUUAUGCUAAAUAUAUAAUAGAUGGAUUUCCCUCUGAUCCAGAAUAUUGGGAUUAUUUCAGUGAAUUAAAUAUGUUACCUGAUAAUACUAUUGCACUAAUUGAAAACAAAGAUGUCGAACCAGAACUUCUACAACGUUAUUUAGAAAUUGAAAAGCACUUCAAGAAUUAUCAAGAAAGGUUUAUCUUAGCAAAUGAUCCACUAAUUAAAACUAAAUUAUUGACAAAUAAAAUGAUAGAUACAAAAGUAAUAGAUGUACAAAUAAUUAUUCACGAUUUAGUAAACACUGUUUUUAAUGCAACUUCUAUUACACCAUCAAAUGUAGAAAAUACUGAAGUUAAUCCAGAAUACGAUUUAUACAUUAAUUUUUCAGAAUCUUUUAAUAGAUUCCGUGAAAAUUGGGAUACUGUAAAAUUGAAAUUAGAAGAGCAAACUAUGUCAUUUAUUGAAGUUGAACUUGAUAUGAAAACAGAUAUCGAAAUACUUGAAGAAGUUUUACUAAAAUUACGUAAGAGUUACUAUUUUACUAAGACCAAUGAUGAAGAUGAGGUACAUAAACCAGAAGACGAUGAUCAUGAACCACCAAAAGAUAUUCUUACGUAUAAUGAUUCGCAAAAUUUAUGUGAAACUAAUAUAUAUUGUCCAAUUGCUUACUAUGAAUAUGGUAUUUUGUGGGAAGGUAAAUCAGAAUUUAGUAUUAAAUAUAACAAUAAAAUUUAUUAUUUUUGUAAUAACGAAUGUUCAGAAUUAUUUCAGAAAGACAUAACCAAAUAUCAAUAUUAUAAUAAUCCUUUUAAAAGUCUACCUCCAAUAAGAAUUUGCAUUAUUGGUUGCAUUGGUAGUGGUAGAACUACUAUUUCAAAAUUAAUAGCCAAAGAAUUGGGUUUGAUUCAUUUAGAUUUCUCAGAGAUCAUACACGAAUAUUUAAUACCCAAACAUUUCAAAAAAGUGGGACGACAAUUUGAAAAUAUUUUCACUGAUGUGCCAAUUGAUGAAGAAGGUGUCAUGGAAUUCCAAAUUGAUGAAGAAAGUGAAAAUUUUAUGUCAAGUAUAUUAUCAAACGAGACUGAAUUGCACCGUAUGGUACAUAAUUAUUUUGAAAGAGGUACACCUAUAAUAUCUGCCUUAAUGCAUAAAAUAUUAAAAAAAAUAUGGUUUGAUGAUCCAUUUAAAACGACAGGUUUUGUAUUAGAUGGUUAUCCUAGAUUACCGGCGGAUAUAGAAGAUAUGAUUGCAUGUUUUUGCAUACCAAAUUUAAUCAUUGAAUUGGAAAGUAAUUCAGAAACAAUGUUGCAAAGAAUGUCUUCUAAAAUGUUUAGUAGAUGGAAUACUCAACUAAAUGAUGCGAAACACAUAAAUAAUAAAAAAUUGGAUAUCGACAAAAAACAUUGGAUAGAUUUUAUCACAAAAAAUAUCGUUAUCAAACUUAUUUGUGAUGAAAUUAUAGAAAAUAUAUUCUUUCCUGAAAAAAUGUUUGCUCAACAUUUUUCUAAAGAAAGUGUUAUAAUGGAUGCUAAUCCAUCAGGGUCCUCGAAUGUUGACGCAAAUCUAUUUAACACUUUCAAUGACAUGAUUCAAGAAUAUCCAGAACCUAUUAAUCAAAGUGAAUGGGAGAAACCAGACAAAGCUCGUGAAAGAUUAGAUUCUAGACUUGAAGGCAUUUUUGAAACAGAUGAUGAAAAUAUUCAAUCAUUAAAAGAUAUGUUGCCAGAACAAAAAAUUAAAUUUGUGUCGGUCGAUAGUACAAAACCAUUACACGAAGUGUUGAGGGUUACCCUAUCCAAAUUAUCAAGUCUAAGAAAUCGCAGCGAAUCAUUUUUUGAACAAACUUUUAUAAUUGAUUGCGAUAUUGCAGAAAUGUUGUUGUUAGAGGGAUUUUAUUUUUUAAGUAAAUUUAACCGCAUUUGUCCUGUAUACAUUUAUGAAAAUCCAAAUUCUUUACUGAAUCCUUACAAAGUAAACAAAAACAAAAGGAAAAUAUUUCCAGUAAUACAUCGAUCUUAUAUUUAUUUUAUUAUUAGUGAAGAAUACGUUCUUAAAUUCCGGCAGAAUCCUUUGAAAUAUAUACAUAAAAAUGUUAUCAAAUAUUAUAUUGAAUACCCUCUUAGAAUUGGAAUUAUUGGGCCACCAAAGUCUGGAAAAAGUACAUUAGCAGAAAAGUUAUCAAAUAAAUAUGGACUAUUGUGUCUUUCGAAAGGAAUUGCUCUUAGAUACAUAUUAAAAAAUAUGCACUGGACUGAAUUAGCAUCUAGAAUUAUAGUGAAGCUGCGCGAAGGACAACGUGUUAAUACUGACCUUAUAAUAAAAGCUGUACAAACUAUCGCCAUAGAUCAUCGCGUUGUAACCAACGGGUUUAUAAUGGAUGGUUUUCCUGAAUCAUCUUCGGAAGCAAUGGAACUAUCUAAAAUAGGUCUCUAUCCACUUAUUAUGCUUGAUAUUUCUCUGAAAAAACAGAGAAUUUUGGAGUAUUCUCAAAAUGAAGUCCAUUUUAAUAUACUAAAAAUAAAACCACCUUAUUCAUUUUCAUUUAUUGAGCACCGAUUUACUAAAUGGGCAGAAACUUGUUACCAAAUUAGAGAUUGGAUUGAGAACGAUUAUCAAAAUAUUUAUGUUAUAGAUGGAAACCAAUCGAAGUGGCAAUGUUUACGAAACGCUAAUAUUGUUAUCGAUAAAAUAAUGAACAAAGUACACUUUUAUGUCAAUAACGUAAAUUUAAAAAUUGUGCCGGCAGAUGUCAUGUGUAUUUCUAAUGAACUUUUUCAGAAACAAAUGUCCAAUUUUAAAAAUAUUUGUCCACUCUGUUUGCAAAAAAAUAUUUUAAAACAUAGUGAUUUUCCAAUAGAUAAAAAAGGUGUAGUACAGUAUAGAAAUAUGUUUUACUGGAUUUGUAAAGAGCAUAUGGAUGUAGUUUUGAAAAAUCCGCAUUUGUAUUUAACCAACCGGAGAGUCGAUAUACCCGAAAUCCCUGCUGCGAUAAAAACAAUUAAUUUUUCAUUUGUUUACGAGAACGGGAUUUGCAUAGUAACAUAUGCUGAAAAUCUACCUGCUCAAAAAAUUAAAAGGGGUUAUAAAAAAUAUGCAGCAAAUUUUCGUGGAAAAAUAUAUUUAUUUUGCAGCUCUGAAUGUCUGAAUAAAUUCAUGGCUAGACCUCAAUUAUACUCUGAUAUUUUCGUAUUUAAAGAAACCGAAUUGUUCCCAAAAGUUGAAUUAAAAAAAUUACCAAAUUUAGGCUAUUUAGAACAAACUGUUGGAAAUAUUAUAACAGAUGCGUGUUGCUCAGUUAAUGUAUUUAGGCCAAAAUAUCCAGGACUCGAUGUUAAGACAUCUGCAUUAUUGUAUAUAGCUUUGUAUUUGAAAGUUCAUAACCCUUUUUUCAAUAAAUCUGUUAUAGAUAUAUAUGAGAAAAUUUUCAAAAAAUAUCAGACUCGAUGUAAAUUGAUGAUAGAUAUCGGAUUACGUUUAAGAGUUAUGGAUAACCCCUUUAUACAAUAUCCUAAAUGUUGUGGUUUAAAGAAUUAUGAUUCCGGAACUGUACGCAAACCAUCUACACUUGAACAAAACUCUACAAGUAUCUCAGAGUUUAUAGACUGAACAUUUUAAUAUACUUAAUAUGGAGAUAUAAUUUUCAUUCUCAUAUACCUAUGUUAAAAGAAUAAAUCAAUAAAUAAAUACAACAACAUGACUAUCAGUAUUUUAAUUUCCUCUAGAAUUCUUGUCAUUUGUAUGUCGGUAAUUGGCUACAUAAAAAUAUUAUUUAUUAAAUGGCUAUUUCUCGCUAUGUUUCCUGCACGCAUCAAUAUAUAAAGUAUGCGUAUAAACUAUCCCUGUACUAAAUUUCAUUCAAAUCUAUUCAACCGUAAGUGUAAGAUUGAGUAACAAACAUCCAAAUAUUUUUAUAGACUUUCACAUUUAUAAUAUUAGUAAUAUUGUUUGUUAAAGAAAGCUCGCUUAUUGAAUACAGUUUUUAUAUAUUUUUUGUAUAUAUUUUAGAGAAAAUUGUAGAUAUAGUUUGCCGGAUAUUUCUGGAACAACUUCUUUUACAAGAAAUUUAAUCAUAUGAUUUGU